AGAUCCUCGCCAGAGAGGGAGCGUCUCGUUUUUGGGGUUACCCAGUGUUGUUUCAAUUGCACAUUGAAAUUUGAAAUCACUCUUGCAAGGGUACAAGAAAUUGCAAUCUUAUCGGCUGCUCAUCCAAAAUUGUUUGACUGCGUCUGAAAAAGUCAAGUUUGGUUCCUUUCUGCAUACAUUUGAACGGUUAUUAAUAUAGGGCCUAAAAUGGCACUGUCUCACUGCGUUCAGUUUUUGAGUGUAUGUGUGUCCAGUGUUUGAGAAGGAGCUGACGUCAGGGAGAUACGUAACUCUGCCGCGGCGCACUGAAUGCAGAAGGAUCUUGAGCUGUUAAUGCGCGCGGCUCCCUGAGAGUUUCUGUCUACUGUACUUGCCGUGCACUUAUUGAUCAGCUAAGACGCGGCUAUAUUGGCAACACAGCAUUGACACGCACAUGGCUCGAUGACAUCAUGUCCAGAUAUCAUACCCCUCUUUUCCAGAAUAUCUCCUUCCACCACCUUUUCCUUUUUACCCUCUUCCCUCUCUCCCUUCUUUCACCUCUUCUCUCUCAGUCUCCACUCAGCUGGACAUCUCCGCAUGACCCUUGCUACCAUCUAGAUGGGCGUCCGCGUCACUGCCUGUCAGAAUUCAUCAAUGCUGCGUACGGGGUGCCUGUGACUAUGGAAGAUCUCCAGCAAGUACCUAUGACAAACAUCAGCACCUUAACAGACCUUCAUAACCCCCACAAUCUGACAUGUUGGAUGGCUGCUGAAGGCUCAGUUGGUGGGGAUUGGACUUUCACUCUUCCCCUGGGCAGACGUUUUGAAAUAACUUACAUUAGUCUUCAGUUUUGUCAACAGGUGGAGUCUGUGGAAUCCUACUCCAUCUCCAUUUUAAAGUCAAUGGACUUUGGCAAGAGCUGGCGCCCCUUACAGUUUUAUUCCAGUGAUUGUAUGGGAACGUUCGGCCUUCCUGCUCAGUCGAUCGCUUUGACACGGCAUCAAGAGACAGAGCCUUUGUGUUCAGAUCACAGACCACUACAGAAGCAUCGUGGAAAUGUUGUGCUGGCUUUCUCAACUUUGGAUGGGCGUCCUUCAUCACCUGAUUUUGACUACAGCCCAGGACUUCAGGACUGGGUGACUGCUACAGACAUAAAGAUAGUAUUUAACCAAACAGUGGAUAAAGUGAAAAGACAGGAAGAGAGACGCAAUGAGGUGGAAGGUUCCUCAAGAUGGAGGACAGGGAAAGAAAGGGAUAUUAAAGCACUGAAGUUUGGAGAGAAAGACUCAGGAACUAAAACAUCAGAGAUUUGGGAAACUAGUCGAGACAAAAAGCCAGAAAAAUCUACAAAGAGAAAUCGGAAUAAAAGUAACGUACAGCAAACUGGACACAAUGUUACGCGUAAGGAGAUGGGAUCUCAAGAUAGAGUGGGAAGAAUUAAGGUGAGGGGUCGCAAGAAAGAAAAUAUGAAACCAUGCCAGGAUGGCACUUGUAAUUGGUCUCUAAAUAUCCUGCAGGGCUCCAAGGGGCAAGAGUUAAGGAGACGCCGAAACAAUCGAGAAAGAAAAAAGUCCCAUUCGAAAUCAAGAAGAAAGACUCAACACCAGCCCCCAUCUGCUCUUUCUGCCCCAUCUAAAUUCCCUCUCGCCAUUUCCGACCUGCAGGUCGGAGGCAGGUGCAAGUGCAAUGGUCAUGCCUCUCGCUGUCGUCGUGACAACCAGGGCCGUGCCGUGUGUCAAUGCGAGCAUCAUACGACUGGACCAGACUGUGAUGUAUGUGAGCAUUUUUUUUAUGAUCGCCCAUGGCAACGGGCCACGCCCAGCCAACCACACCCGUGCGUCCCAUGUGAAUGUAAUGGUCAUUCUACUAAGUGUAGGUUCAGUAUGGCCAUGUAUCAGCAGUCUGGACGAGUCAGCGGAGGCGUUUGUUUGAAGUGUCGCCAUCACACAACGGGGCGCCAUUGCCAGUUUUGCCAGAACGGAUACACACGUGACCACAGCAAGCCACUCAGCCAUCGCAAGGCCUGUCAAUCAUGUCAGUGCCAUCCGAUGGGUGCAGUAGGCCAUUGGUGCAACCAGUCUACUGGGCAAUGUCUGUGCAGAGAGGGAGUCACAGGUCAGAGAUGUAACCGCUGUGCUCCUGGGUACAAGCAAGGUCACUCACCCCUCCGACCCUGCAUCCGUAUACAGGAGGUUGCGCCACCGACUGCAGUUUUCCAGCCCCAGUACAGCAUUGGUGAGGAGUGUCUUUCCUAUUGUCCACCCUCCCAAGCUAAAGUCAAAAUGAAUUUAGAAACAUAUUGCCUCAAAGACUAUGUGCUGAAGGUGCAGGUGAAAGGUAAAGAACGCUCCGGUCCCUGGUGGCAGUUUUCUAUGUUGGUCCAGACGGUUUUCCGCAGCGGUUUGUCCCGUGUAAAGCGAGGCCUUCAGGCUCUCUGGGUUCCUGACCGGGACCUGAGCUGUGGCUGCCCUGCACUUCAGGUGGGCCGAAGCUUUCUUCUGAUUGGUGCAGAGGAAAGUGGGCGGAGUUGGGUCCCUGAGGAGAGGCGAUUAGUUGCGGAUCGCACGACAAUGGCCCUGCAGUGGCGGGAACACUGGAGCCCAAAAUUAAGAGGCUUUCGUGGGCAGGACACAAGGGGAAAGUGCCCACAGGGAAACAGCACAACAGAGAAACACCCUGAGCCGAAAUCGUAUGAGGAAUACACACCCCCACAUCUCGAGAAACUGCUGUCUGAAGCACGUUCACCACAUAGACAUACACACACAAUACAUAAACACAAAAACUUGCAUGGAAAAAGCACAAAUACAAUAAGGGAUCUUGAACAAAAAGAGGACCAUAAUGCUGAAAAUAGAUAUUCCACAUCUACCUCUCCACAGAAUUUAUUGGAGAACACCAAGGAUCCUAUGUUGGAUACUUCAAGUCACGCCAAUGAGCAUGAGCAUCACCCAACAGUUUGUCCAACAUGGUCACCCAGGAGACCUCUCUGAUGGGUGAGAGACUUGAGAUGAGCUUCUACCCAGACAAAUGCAGAGAUAUUGAGGGAUAUUUCCUCUGUCAUCCCUCUAUAUAGUCUAGUAGAGUCCAUUUGUGAGCCACUGAUUUCACUGAAUAUUUACAUGUUGUAAAUAUCUGACAGCUGAGUGUUUCUAUAUUCAAAUUUAUGUUCUAAAUAUUAUUUAAAAAUAAGCUCUUAUAUUCAAAUUUAGGUCUGGAUACCUGGUUACUUUCAUGUCAAAACAACGGUCCAGUGCUCAGAAACAGAAAAUGAUUUUGGUCUUGUGAAAGAACCCAGUGUUUUGUUCACUCAUGCGUUCCUGCUCAAUCCAUUGUGUUGUGCUAAAUGGUAGCUCACAUUCACAGUUAAUUUUAAGUUUGACAAUCAAAUAUGUGCUUUUUUUGAGACACGGUGUUUUCAGGUCUGAUGCUUGAAAUUUUUACCCUAUAUACACAGUUGAUGUUGAUUUAAGUAAUGAAGGUAGUAUAAUGUGAAAUAUGUCAGACUGCAUUAUGCUUUCACAAUUUAGGCAUUUUGAAAUGUUUUUGUACAUUUUGGGGGCAUUUGUGAUCUUUUAUUCAACAUGUAAAUGAUAUAAAUAUUUGUGUAUCAGAGUUUUUUUUCAGAUUUACAAAACACUCUACCUCAUAAUAAACAAUGUAAAAAACA